GCAUAGAAGGCCUGAAAAUCUCCCCUCGUUCCUCUCUCUUACAAAUUGAGUACACCUCUCUCUCUCUCUCUCCCCUCGUGCAAGUAACAGGGAAGCGGUAUCCCAAAACCACUCUCUACAGCCGCGGUUUUCAGCCCAGGAUUUUCAUUUGUUGUCCAAAAAUUUCACCAACCCAGACGCACGAUCUCUUCAAUUUCCUCUCCCAAUUGCUGAAAAUUUGAUUAUGUUUGUUGUGCAACAGGAGCUCUUGAAAAGGGUUCGAAGAAAAGGGUUCAGCUAGUAUGAUGCUCGUUCUGCAUCGUCUAUACGGUUCAUCUUAUAAGAUCCAACUGCUGCCCAGCUCUAACUUUGUCCUAUUGUGCAAGAAACUUGUGACCUUUUCGAAGGGUCUUCUGUAAAAGUUGUAGAAGACCCUUCUGAUUGGUUUUUCGAGGGUUAGCUUAGAAAAUAGCCGAUCAACCCUUGUUUCUUUUUGCUGAACUGAUUUGUGGGUUGUGGUCAGUUCCUUUGGCUGUUACCGUUUGUACAUCAUGCCGGCCAUACAGAAGCUUUAUAAUGCUUGUAAAGCUUCACUUUCUCCCAAUGGACCCGUUUCAGAUGAUGCUAUUGAAAAAGUUCGCGCUCUGCUCGAAAAAAUCAAGCCUGCAGAUGUCGGUCUCGAACAGGAGGAAAAAUUGGUACGAGGGUGGAAAGGUUCUGUGCCUGGGCAAAAUGGGAGUCUCCAGUCACUUCCAUCCAUUAAAUACCUGCAUUUACACGAGUGUGAAAGCUUCUCUAUGGGAAUCUUCUGCAUGCCACCUUCCUCUGUUAUACCUCUUCAUAAUCAUCCUGGAAUGACUGUGUUGAGCAAGCUUCUCUAUGGCACAAUGCAUGUGAAAUCAUUUGACUGGGUUGAUGUUCCUGGGCCUUCUGAUCAAUCCCAAGCUAGACCUGCCAAGCUUGUUAAAAAUGGUGAGACGAGGGCCCCAUGUCCAACUACAGUCCUCUAUCCAGCUAGUGGAGGGAACAUUCAUUCAUUCAAAGCAAUAACUCCAUGCGCCAUCUUUGACAUACUGUCACCACCUUAUGCUGCUGAGGAUGGACGACACUGUACUUACUUCCGGAGGUCUCCCAGAGAUCUGCCAGGUACUCUUGAAUUGGAAGGGGGAACGCUUGUGGAAGUGACUUGGUUAGAAGAGUUCCAACUGCCAGAUGAUUUCGUGAUUCGGAGAGGACAAUAUAAGGGCCGAGUCUUUAAACCUUGAAGUUCUUUUCUAUUUUGUUGGUGUUUCUUGCUUAUUUACGUGAGCUGGUGCUUCAUUUGGGUAGUUUUGAGAUGAAUUCUGGAGUUGAGUUGCCAAUAACCAUGGCAUUUAUAUUGUUUUAGUUGGCUAUAUGAGUUAGGCAUUUGACGUGUACAGAAUUAUAUAUAGUAGUUCGAUGCAGUGACCUCAGGAUUGACAAUUUGAACACCAAGGAGAUUUGGAGGGAUUCUAGCUAAUGUCACUUAUCAUCGGCGUUUGUUUGAUUCAUUAUAAUAAGAAGAAAUCCUUCUCA